AUGGUGUUCAAGCAACACAUUCAGAUUGGCCAUGUUGCCUAGAUCUCCUUUGGUCCCCAUGCUGUCAAACUAGUGGCAAUUGUAGAUGUCAUUGAUCGAAACAUGGCUCUUUUUGAUGGACCGUGCACUGGUGUGAGGAGUAAAGCCAUGCCCUUCAAAUACAUGCAACGUACAGACUUUGUCCUCAAGUUUCCGUACAACACUCGACAAAAAUCCAUCCAUGCUCCUUAGGAGAAGGCAAAAGUUAAUGAGAAAAUGUUGUUAAAACUACUGGGCCAUAGAAUUGAUGCCAAACAGAGGAAAGCAAAAAUGAAAAACUUUGCUAAAAAGUCAUGAAGGCCAAAAAAAAAAAGCAACUUGGACAUCAGGAAUGAGAAAGAAAUUUGCAAAGGCGGUGAAACCAAGAGAUCUAAAGCAUAA